UUUUACUUUUUAGGGUUUACGGUGUAUCUCUCUCUAUUGCAUUCCACACGCCUCCUCAUUGCAGAACGCACGACCAUUCUCAUCCAUUCUAAAACAUUUUCUUGUAUUUGUUAUUCGAAAAAUCCGCAAACAUGCAGAAUGAGGAAGGACAAAAUAUGGACUUGUAUAUCCCCAGAAAGUGCUCUGCCACUAACCGGUUGAUCACCUCCAAAGAUCAUGCUUCGGUUCAAAUUAAUGUUGGUCAUUUGGAUGAAUCUGGGCGAUACACUGGGCAGUUCUCUACUUUUGCUCUAUGUGGUUUUGUGAGAGCUCAGGGUGAUGCCGACAGUGCACUCGAUAGGCUUUGGCAAAAGAAGAAAAUUGAGGCACGCCAAUAGAUUCUACCAGAUUGCUUUCUUUGGAAAGCCUUACUAUAUUAGGAUAAUAUUUAAUGUUAUGUGGUGAAUUUCUUUCUGUCAUCCUUCUAGACAUGGGUUAUUGCUAUCUGGGAUUGUAAAAUGGUGCAUCAAAAUUUGGACAGCAUCGGUUUAGAUAUUUUGUGAGCAGCCUUAAAGUUUCUUUAAUGCUUUGUUUUGAGCUCCAACAUUUUUAAAUGCUAAGUGAUGAUUAAACUA